CUUAAUCUAGAUAUCAAUUGUAAUUAUUUAUUUUAUAAAAAUUAAAAAAAAAAGUUAUAAGUUUGAAUAGAAUCUCAAAUGCUAUCUUGAAAUUAAUGGUCAUAAAAACUUGUGUAGAUCCAAUGAAGAGUAGUUUAAUGCCAGUGACAGAAUUGGAACCUCAGCUUUUAAAAAUGCUGUUGGACUUUCCCAUCGAUUAUCACCUAAUCCAAACAAUACGCGACAAACAAUCAUGAAAUAUCUUCCUUCGCCCUGUACUUUCUUUCAUUUUCUAUUUCACUGUCUUUCUCCUUCCUCAACUAUGCAUUUGAUGUGAGCAAGAAUCUGCUUGCAGACACAAUCACUUACUUAUUAUUUUCUCUGUUGUAAGAUAGAGAUGUCGUUUUAUGGAAAAAGAAGAUUCAAGUAUUUCCUGCACCGGCACGAUUUGGAGCAUUUAGAGAAGGAAGAUGUCCCCAAAGGAGUUUUCUGUAAGGGAUGUAAUAGGCACAUAUUGGGUCACGCCUACUCUUGCAGUCGGUGCGAGUUUUAUCUUCAUCCAUCUUGUGCUGAGCUUCUACAAGAGAUCAAUCAUUUCUUUCAUCAAUGUGUUCUUACCCUCAAAAUUUUUUCUUCCAGUUUUACUUGUAAUGCUUGUUACCAAGCCCGAUCUGGCUUCGCCUAUGUCUGUGAAACAUGCCGUGUUAAUUUCGAUCCUGAGUGCGUCCACCAGCUUUCCACCAUGAAAUCUGAAGAUGGAGAUGGGCGUAUUGAACAUUUCAGUCAUCACCAUCCUUUGAAAGAUUAUGAAGCAGAAGCUUUGUGUCAUAUAUGUGGACAGCUCUGCUCUGGUCCUGCUUGGGGUUGCAGCCAAUGCAAUUUUUAUCUCCACAAAUACUGCAUGAAGAUUUUACCUCGAAGGAUUAAGCACUGGUUUCAUUCUUGCCCUCUUACUUUUCUCACAUUACCGGAUUAUCGGUGCGUUGUUUGUCUGAAAACAGGCUCUGGCUUGAUCUUCCGCUGUCUCAAGUGUCGUUUUGAAUUAUGUGUUGAAUGUUGUCUAAUGUCUGUUAUAAAAUCCAAUAGGUCCUCCAAGCAUCCAGGAGAGAUCCAACAUUUCUUCCAUUCAUGUCCUCUCAUUCUCAAAAUUUCAUCCUCCUUUACCUGUAAUGGUUGUUUAGGACAUCGCUCAGAUUUCACUUACUGGUGUCAACACUGUGAUUUUUAUCUGGAUUUAAUGUGCGCAAGGACUUUUGCCAUAAAAUCCGAAGGUGAAGAGAAGAAGAUCCAACAUUUCAGUCAUUGGCAUCCUUUGGAACCCUUUGAAAAGAUGGAAGAUUAUGAAGUUCUCUGUGUUGUAUGUGGUAAUCCAUCAUCGGAUCCUACCUAUUGUUGCAGCAGAUGCAAAUUCUAUAUUCAUAAGUCUUGUAUGGACACUUUACCUCAAAAGAUUCAACGCUUCUUUCAUCCGUGUCCUCUCAUCCUACUCAAUACUCCACAUUCCUAUCAGUGCGCUGCUUGCGACGAAAAUUGCUUACCAGGCCUGACCUUCUGCUGCGGCAACUGUCAUUUCCAAUUGGAUACCAGAUGCGCAUUGCAGCCCAUGAUAAAAUAUGAGGGCCAGGAGAAAAUUAAACAUAUUAGCCAUGUGCAUCCUUUGACACUCUAUCCAGAGAACAAUGUUCAUCACGAAGUUUGCUGUAAAGGGUGUGAAAAGAACUGCUCAAUUCUUGCCUAUGGUUGCAGCAAUUGCAACUUCUAUUUGCAUAAAUCCUGCGCCGAGCUUCCACUGGAGAUCAUGAAUUCCUAUCACCCAGCUCACCCACUUAUUCUUUUGAAUGUGGGUUCUCAAAAUCUUAAAAAAGUAAAGUGCAAUUUUUGUCUCAAAGAAUGCGGUGGAUUUGUUUUUCGUUGUGGGGAGUGCAAUUUCAAUCUGGAUGUUGAUUGUGCUUUCUUGAAGCCAACUGUAGAGUUUAUGAAACACAGUCACCUUCUCACUGUUGUGGAUAAUAUAUACGGUGAACUCGAAUGUUGUGCUUGUAAUAGAAGCUGUAUUAGCUCCCCUGCAUUCCGUUGUCUAGAGUGCGAUUACAAUCUUCACCUUGUAUGUGGUCCAUUGCCAGUCACCAUCAAGCACAAAUGUCAUAUAGAUCCCCUCACCCUCAAAGAUUUUUACGUCGAGGAUGAAGAUGAUGAUGAUGAAUUUUACUGUGAUGCUUGUGAAGAACGAAGGGAUCCAAAACUCUGUGUUUAUUACUGUGAGAUAGGUUGCCCAAUGAUAGUUGAAGUAAAAUGUGUACUUUCAGUGGUCAUACCAGCACUCAGGGGAGAGCGUGGAGAUGUGAAAUUGAGAACAGCAGUUAGACAGAUCACCAGUAAGGUGAUAAGCAAAGAACUAAUGGUGACAGAGAUGAAGCAAAAUGAGGCAGCCAAUGAGACAAGGGAAGGUUUGUCCUUUGAUGAUAUAUUUCAUUCUCUAAAUGCAUCCGAGAAAAACGAAAUCAAUGACAUCAUUGAAAGAAUGCAAAAGAAAAUGAAAAGAGGUAAAGAAUCUGUUAAGGGCAAGGAGAAAGAUGGUACUCAUCCUGCAUUAUUUACGAGCGAGGCCUUCAGACGGUUCAUGGACUGUAUUGACGCUCAUAACAUUUGCCUUUGGAAGCAAUACAAACAAGGUUCGUCGUCUCUAAAAACCAAACGCAGUUUGCUUAAUUCGGCUAUGAUACUAAAUGGUCCUUCUGUAGUUUUGGGCAAUGAAUUUCCAAGCUUUUUAUUGGAGCAAAACGAAUUUGUCAAAAUUGGGGAUGUGCUGCUCUCUCCUACUCUGAACUCAAUUUAUAUGCAAUUGCUUGGCAGAUUCAGGGACGAUGAUAUUCCCGGCCUAAGUCCCAAAGUAGGGUCAUUAAUUCUUUACAUCUUAUGUGGUGUCAUACAGAAUAUGAGCACAACUAAGGUUGUGGAUGUCACAGAACAUAAACUUGGAGAAUGGGUUGCUUGCUUAAAAUGGGCUGAGUGUGCUGGGUUCAAAAUUCAGUUCUUGUUCAGACAUAUUAAGCGUGUUGCGCGUGUCCACUAUGUGUUUCGAGCUAGGAAGUUGCUAGACAGCUCCGAAGUUGAACACCAGCAAGAAAUUGAACGGACUAGGGAAGAGGUUGAGAAACUAAGAACAAAAAUGGAAGCGGCCACAGCCAAGUUUCAACUGAUAGAGGAACAUAAAAAGUCUCGUACAGCACGCGAGAAACAAUUCCUAAAGAAGACGCCUCUGGCGAUGCAGUGGAAGCCUGCGGCUGAUGGAUUGUUUGAUAUUGUAAAAGAUCACAAGUAAUUAAGGCCUUGUGUUCAAGAGCUUGGUUUUUAAUAGUAAAUAAAAGUUUUUUUUUUUUGCCAAAAUUAAAA